GAUGAAUCGAGAUUCAAGAAUGCUGUUGAUGAAAAUUUUCGCUGUGCAAUUUGUCUCAACGUCGUUAAAGAUCCCAGAAUGUGUCAGCAAAACGAACACAUCUUUUGUCGUUCUUGUAUUGAUGAACAUCUACGAGUUAAUGCACAAAGAUGUCCUCAAUGUCAAGAUCAUUUGACGGUAGCUACACUUCUUCCAGCGCGUUUUGUAAACAACUUGAUUUCAAAGUUUAAGAUAAGCUGCGACUACGCUAAUCGUGGUUGUCCAGAAUUUAGCAACGUUGAAGAUCUUGAAAGACAUGUUGAAAAUUGUGGCUUUGCUCCAGUGUUGUGUUCUAAUGAACGUUGUGACAAGGAGAUAAACAAACGAGACAAGAUUAAACAUGAAACUGAGUUAUGUGAGUACAGAAAGACUGCAUCUCACUACUUUGAAGAGAUUAAUGAAAUGUUUCAACGAAGUUUUGAUCAUGAGGAGCAAGAGAAAAUGCAGCUGACUGAAAUAACUAGAAAAAUGGAAUCACUGACGAACCAAAACUCGAAAUUACAGAAAGAAAUGAUGGAAUCUAAAGGAGAAAUAAGAAAUGUUCAACAAAAUCUUAUUAUAAUGACCAAAGAAAUGAAAGAAAUGAAAGCCAUGAUGCUUCAAAUGUUGGAAAAGAUGAAUAUAAAUGAACAACAUAUCAAAACAUUGCCAUCAUCAAUUGAGGGAAUGAUGAACUCAGGAAAAGAAGAUAUUUUGAUUGCUGGAAAUGGUGUACAUGGUUGUUCCUACAAGAGUGCUGAAAUAUUUUCAUGGAAGGAGAAGAAAUGGUUUGAGAUUGUAUCAAUGGAAAAUGAACACAGCUGUGCUUCAUCAUUUAUUUAUAAUGAUAAUUUAUUUGUUGUUGGAGGAUUAUGGUGCACGUCAAUGGAGACAUUGAAUAUAAAACAGUCACCUUUGACAUGGAGAAAAUUUCCCACAGAGCUUCCUUAUAAAUGUUGGCAUCAUCAAACUGUUGUUUGUAAACAACAAAUCCUUUUCAUUGGAGGAUACAUUCCUGGCAAAGGACCAUCAUAUUUGAUCAGUGAAAUACAGAUUACUUGUACAACAUCUCAUGUUUUAAAAGAGUUGUGUCAUAUGCCUGAACCACGGUAUGAACAUGGAGCUGUUGUUGUUGAUGACAAAGUUCUUAUUUUUGGAGGAUACGGAAAAGAUUGCAAAGUUUUAUCCAGUGUUUUGGAGUUUGAUCCAAGGACUCUUACAUUUAAGAAAAUGCCUCUAUUACCUCAUCCAUUGAUGAAAAUGGCAACAGUUCAAUGGAGAGAUCAAGUUGUUCUUCUUGGAGGUUAUGAUAGAAGAGAAUAUUUGAACAGUGUUAUCAUGUAUGACAGCAAAACAGGUAAGAUUACAGUCCUACCAACCAUGUUGGAAAAGAGAAGAUCAUGUUGUGCAGUUAUAACAGGUGAUACAAUUGUUGUAAUGGGAGGUGAGAAUGAUGAAGGUGAAGAUCUUAAAUCAGUGGAGUGUUUCGAAAUGGGAAGUAGUUCUUUAUGGACAUAUCUUCCUUCAAUGAAUGAACCACGAGGUAGAGCCAUUGCUGAAAUUUUACCUUUUGGACAAAACUAUUUAUAAGCACAGAAUUAUUCUCUAAAGAAUCAGAACAUUAUUACUCUCAGUAAAACCUGUUUAUAUUAAGUAGAACAGUUAAAUAUGUAAACCUCCAAUGUCCAUAUAACCUUUGAUUACUACCACAAAUUCCAGAUGAAAUAAAUGACUUUAAUAUUUUACUAAUGA